AUGUCUUUGCUUCGGGAGGACAUCGAAAUGCAACAACGUGCCACAACAAAGUCCGAUUCCCCGCUCGAUACAAUCAAGCGAAGACACCGCAACACAGACUUAGCGUGCCUGUUUGGGGUGACAUCUGAUGUAGUGGCACGGUGGGUCGGGGCUGCGGCAUAUUGUCAGUUUUUGGAGGACCGGGAGUUCAAACCUUUGCUAUCUGACGAGUAUGCCUUCAUAUGGAAGGCAAUUGGUGAACCAAGACCGACGGUGCCCGCUGAGUGCUGGCCAUGGUUCAGGACGGUAUGCUCUGCCUUGCAUCUAGUGUCUGACACAGCCAGCAUCGAGGACAUAUGUGAUCAAGUAAGGUAUUCCGCUCUUGUGGACACAACCACCACACCCCAUCCAACAGAUGCCGAAAAGUUGGCCUGCCUAAUUGGGGUAUUUUCCGUCUUGUGUUGGGGGUCCAUGACCCUCACGCCGAUAUUGCACUGGAAAACCAUCGCAUCACCACCACGCCUCCUCAUCCGACAAUCCCUCCAAUCGCAGAAUGAUCAUCAUCAGCAGGGCCUAAAGAUAGACAUUGUCCGCAGACCGGUCCACGCCAUAUUCCGAAAUUUCAGGAAGAUCAUGACCACAAGUCGAUGGCGGCAGCCCAUAGGAGGCAGUAUCUCCGGCGAUAACCCAAAGUGCCCCCACUGUGCAGCCACAGGAGGCGUGGGGGGAUCCACUGUGUUGUACAAAUCGACUCUCAACUACGACUCAUUGAAGACAAUAGGCAAGAUUCGUUUGAGAUGGGUGCACGAACUAAGUAGUCAUCUGGACUUUGACUCACAAAAUCGAUGUCUUUACAUCUUCCGUUUCCCUAGUUUCUGCGCGCUAGGCGCCUUGGGAAAAAGCCGGGCACCUAUUUUUGAUGGCCUGGUACGAGCGCUAUAUUCAACACAACAUGAGACUACGGCAGACAGUGCCAGUGAGGUCAGCGUACGGCAACUGAGCCAGGAAAUUCUGAUGUCGUACCGGAUCCUAUUCGCACAAACUAGAGGAUCACGAAGGCUGGCAGGGAUCGCUCUGGAAGGACUACAAUCAGAGAACCCCCACCAUUACGACUCGCUCCUAGAGCUUGUAUGCACGGCGCCGCUCAAGGCUCUAGUGGAAGACGAUCUUGGAAGGCACCCCAUGCUGUGGCCCGUCUCGUGUCGGACAUUUGAGGAUGUUUUGCAGGAGCAGGAUACAUACAGCUCACAGGACGACUUCCCGCUCCUUGGGCAGCGGCUGGUCAAGCUGCAGGAAUUCAAUCUGCGGCAGCAGCCAAGCAGGCUGAGGGACCUGUGGAGGGACAGACGUAAUGUGCUGCAAUGGUACACAUUCUGGGCCGUACUUGUGGUGGGGGGCUUCUCCUUGCUUCUAGCGCUGUUAUCAUUGGGUGUAGCUAUCGCGCAGCUGAUCACAUCGGUCGCCUGA